GCCGGGAGGGGCGGGGCCGCGCCUGCGCGCUGCGGCGCUUCCGUCGGUGCGGCUGGCGCAGGCGGGAGGCCCCGGGUGAGGGGCGCGCGUUGCCCGGCGACGGGCGGGGGCGCCGCGCGGCCUGUCCCGGCCCCGCGCCUCGCCUUCCUCCCGCAGCGCCGCCGAGCCGCCUCCGGCCCCGCCGAGCGCCGCCGCCGCCAUGGCCAGCUCCCCCGUGUCCCGGGUGGUGUACAACGGGAAGCGGAGCGGCGGCCCGCGCUCCCCCGGCGCAGGCAGCGAGAUCUUCACGCCGGCCCAUGAGGAGAACGUGCGCUUCAUUUACGAGGCCUGGCAGUGCGUGGAGCGCGACCUGCGCAGCCAGAUGGGCUCCGAGCGCGGCCUGGUUGAGGAGUACGUGGAGAAGAUGCCGAACCCCAGUCUGAAAGCGUUUAAACCCGUCGACCUGGGUGAUCUGAAGAGGAGGAACACACAGGAUGCAAAGAAGUCCUAAAGCGGGUCCUCCUUGCGGGUCGGCUGCUCUCCUGAGGUCCUCAAGCAGAUUUAAUUUGAGAUUUUGUGUUGAUUUCCUCCUCUGGUCUGUCCUCCUAAAAGCUCGCGGGAGAGCCAGUCAGCUUUGGGGCUGGCUCUGAAGCUGCCUGAGGCUGAGGAUGCUCAGGGCCUCUUGAGACUGCCCAGAGCCUUUUGCAAAGGAUUCCAGUCCCCUGCUCAUAGCUUUCUCUGGCCUCAAACUGUCCUUCCCCACUUCAUGCUGAGUAAUCCGAUCUCCUGUUCCCCUCCUGUCGCUGCCCCCUGUGCUAGGCUGGGCAGGGCUGAGGCAGAUGUGCUGUUGGAUCAGGCAGCACGGGAUCUCACUUUCCCCCGUGCACCGAAGCUCCACAGCUGCUGGGGCUGGCCCAGGGCAGGAGGCACAAUCGAGUCUGUUCCCGUGCCUCCAGACACUGGGGCAAGCCCUGUCCAGCCCCACUGUGCAGCUGAGGGAUGGGCAGACCGUGGCCAGGCUCAUCCCAGUUCCACUGUGGCAGCAAGUUGCUGCUUGGGCUGCUUGCUGCCAGAGCACGUGGACCACAUCUGAGGCCACAUCUUUUACCUGCUUAGAUCAGGCCUGGUCCUUGUGGUGCUGGAGGGGAAGCUGUUCCUCUCCCUGCAGAUGGAGAGGUGGAGUGUCAGCACCAGCCCCAGGCUCCUGAGAGGUGCUCAGAGGGACCUGGGCCACCUGCAGCCCCACAGGAGGAGCCCAGGAGCUCCUUGCCCUGGCAACGCUGCAGUUUUGUACUAACACCCAUUUUCCAGAUACACCCUGGAGCCUGGCCCCUCAGCUCCCCCGGGGUGGCCAUGGCUGGUAGAACCACGCCAGGGGCGCUUCCUUAAGCCACUCACUCCUGGCACUGCUGGAUGGUUCCUUUGUCCUUGCCUGAGCCAGAGAGUGACUGUGUCAGCUUCACCCCCCGAGCUGCUGGCUGCUCCCUGGGCAGGGCUGGCAGCCCCCUGCCCGCCUGUGCUCCGUGCUGGCGGGGAUGGGGCUGCCAGGCCUGCCCAGUACCAGCAGCUGUGGGGAGGGCUGCAGGGACUUGGAGCUGCCAAUACCUUUCCUUUGUUGAGUCCUUGAGUUGUACUGUACCCUUUCCUUCCUGUGGUAUGUCACUUGAGGAGUGUUGUAAAUAAACGCUGGUGUCCUUUU